GUAUAUAAAUAGCAAUCCAACUGCAUGUGCACAUACAUGCAUGGACAUGUUAUAUCAUACUAUAGAAUGAGUUUCAAGCACCAUUUUUUCCUCUUUUUACUUUUGGGAAACGUGUCUUUUGUGUGGAGCCAAACUCAGAAUGUGACCUUAUCAAGUGUUGGCAACAAAUUUGUAGUCGGUUUUCCCAGAAGUAAUGGUCACGGAGAAAACCAGUUGUUUGUCGCAAACACUGGGUCGAUUAAUGUUAGUUUCACAGUCACACCAAUUAAUGUUAGUGGGAGCGUUUCAACUUCUUCAACUACGGUAGUAAACAUUCCAUCUAUUUUUGAGGUUUCUUCUAUCAAUGAAAGGAAUAAGGGAAUCCUUGUUGAAGCUGAUGGAAACGUCAAUGUGUAUAGGAUAUCUUUUGCCACUUCAGCUACUGCAGAUGCUUAUUUGGCAUUGCCAUGUAAUGAAAUGGUAGUGUAUGAAUACGAAUAUUAUGGAAUCUCGUAUAUUUCCCCUGGUAGUGACUUUCCUAGUGUGAUUUUGAUGGUGGCUUGUGAAAAUGAAACUGUUGUCAAUUUUGAAUACUCAAUAAUAACACUCAAUAGUAUGGAAACGUAUCAGAUUGAAAGUGGUACUGAUCUGACAGGAACAAGAAUAACAAGUUCCAAACCCUUAUCUGUAUUUAGUGGAUCUGAUUGUGCUAAUGUUCCCCGAGAUGUAGACUUUUGUGACCAACUGGUUGAACAAGUGCCUCCAACUGUGACAUGGGGCUCAAAAUUCUUCGUAGCUUCUCUCGAGGGUAGAUCUACUGGUGAACGUAUUCGUGUUCUUAGUGCCCGAGCAGCAAAUGUAGCUGUGAACUGCAACACUGUGGUAUCUGUCAGGGAAUUCCAGUUGCAGAGUGGAGGGAGUUUCAGAGAAUUUGAAAUCCCUGUUAACAGUUUCUGUAGCAUUGAAUCCACUUCUCCAGUACUUGUUGCUCAGUAUGCAUAUGGUAGUCAGAGUGAGAGUAAAAGAUGUGGUGUGGGAGACCCAUUUAUGAUGAUAAUUCCUCCAAUUGAACAGUUUACAAACAACUAUUUAAUAGAGACAUUCGCUCGUUUAGAAUACAGCUAUGUCACUAUGUAUGUUGCUUCUGAGUUUUUUCAACCUGAACACAUUUUAUUGGACAAUUCUGUUGUUUCUGGUUGGCAUAAUGUUAGCUGUUUAAGUGGAGAGGUUUGCGAUUACGUAAGUAGAGUGAAUGUGUCCACUGGAGGCCAUUCUAUUCGCCAUCAAAACAGCUUAGCCGUUCUAGGCGUUUCAGUAUACGGAUUCGACUUGUGCAAUUCUUAUGGUUACCCUGGAGGCAUGAGGUUGUCUCCCAUACAAUGCAGCUGUGGUCCAAAUUCUACUUGUCUGAAUAACAUGAGGAACUUCAACUGCAAACAGUGCGUAGGCACCACUUGUUGCCCACCUGGUCGUGAUUCUAUCUGGGGUAUUGAAUGGCCUGAAACUGAGAGAAAUGCAUCGAUACAAAGAGAUUGUCCUAGGGAAGACAUUAGUGGACAAGCCACUCGCUACUGUAACAGUGAAGGUGUGUGGGCUGACCUUGAUGUCGUACAAUGUAAAAACAUUGAGUUUGUUAGCAUUCUUGAGCAGGUAACCAGUAUUUCAAGCCACGAGCUAGUAGAGCAAGCAGCUAAUCUCACCAUGCAACUGGCCGCCAUAACUAAGCCAAACAUUGUCUCAUUACUACCCUCUUCCCUGAACACAACCAACCAAGUACUCAGUUUGGUGAUCAGGGCCCUAGAGGAACAGUCAGAAAAUUCUACCACUGAUGCUAUUGAGCCAAUAGUGGAUGUACUGAGCAAUAUGCUUGAGGUGACCAACUGUCAAGGAAUGAAUGACCUGCAGUCUAGUGAUGCAGGUAGUCAAAUGUUGCUGGACAAUGCUGAGAGACUGGGUGUUCUGUUGGCUAGGUCACAGAACGCUAAUGCAACCAUUGAGCCAGUUAGAGUGUCCAGGCCUAACAUUGCCAUUUCAUCAAAUGUGAUUGAUACUUCUAAGGCCUUCACAGAAGACAUAACUUUCCCUAAAAAAGAAGAUUUGGUCAAUUUCACAAACACAUCCAUUUCGGUACCUGCCGCUAUUCGAACAACCUCAGCAUUUUUGACAGAAAUACAGAGUGAACGAAACAACACAGCUAUCCCAACUGUUUUCAUCAUUUUCCAAAAUCUAGGCUCGUUUUUGCCUACCCCCACUGGUGGUUUCAGUAACACCACCCAGGGGGCAUCAAUUGUCAUCUCAUCUCAGGUAGGGGAGCGGGGGAAUGGUCGACCCUCCCAGACACUCCAACAAUCCCCUUUGUCUCUCAACUUCACUUUCAAUAAAGUUGAAAAUUCCGAAAGUUAUCGCUGCGUGUUCUGGAACUUCUCUGAGCCAGUUGGCAAUGGUGGCUGGAUCAGUGAUGGAGUAUCAACUGUUGGCAAUGCUACUGAGGGAUCCACAACUACUGUUCAGUGUUCUAGUACUCAUCUCACUAGCUUUGCUGUCUUAGUGGAUCUGGGAGAUGGGUUGAAGAAUAUUUCUGAAGUAGAGAGCAUAAUUCUUGAUGUUGUUUCUUAUGCUGGCUGCUCUAUCUCUGUGCUCUGUCUGAUAGUAACCGUUGUCUUCUUCCUUGCUCAAGGGAGACAACUUUUCAACAAAAUCCACUAUUUUGUUCAUCUUAACCUCUCCAUUUCUCUGCUGUUGGCUUACUUUGUGUUCAGUGUUGGAAUUGAAACUGCAGUUGGAAAUACGGUUGGCUGUGCUUUUGUGACUGCCCUCCUUCACUAUCUGUUCUUGGCAGUAUUCUGUUGGAUGUUGUGUGAGGGAGUCAUGCUCUAUCUGAUGUUGGUGGCCGUAUUCAGUGCAGUAACAAAGAAAUGGUGGUUUUUUCUUAUGCUUGGAUACUUGCUUCCCCUGCCCUUUGUGUUGACCACUGUGGCUGUUAGGUGGUACUACUAUGGUGUGACGGAGACAAAAAAGUCAGAAUUUUGCUGGUUGACAACUAAGGAUGGGACAAUCUUUGGAUUUGUUGCUCCAAUGCUGGCAGUUCUUGUGAUCAACGUGGUCUUCCUGGGAUUCAUUCUGAGGGUGCUGUGGAAUGACAAAACAAGAGCUGCUAGCAAACAGAGUGAUGAGAAGAGAAAUGUGACGAAACUUGCCAAGUCACUACUGAAGGGCGUAGUUGUUCUCCUGCCACUACUUGGCCUCACUUGGGCAUUUGGACUGCUCACUCUUGUCAGCAACACUUCAGCUUUUGCUUGGAUCUUCACCAUCCUCAACUCAUUCCAGGGAGUGACUAUUUUGUUUUUUCAUGUUAUAAGGAAUGAUAAGGUAAGGGGAGAAAUCAAGAUCGGCUACUGGUAUAGAAAGUUUUGCCGUACCUCUGCAGUUUCAAGCGAUACAACAUCUGGAAUGCCUACCCUCGUAAGGCAAAGCUCAAAAGACACCAGCACGCUCAAAUCCACUCUCCCAAGAGGAGGAACGCUGCUCCCAUCUGAACAUUCGGAGCAGUCACAGUACUCUCAGCUUCCAAUAUUUAUGGAGGCUACUGGGGAUUCAAUGGACACUAAGGUCAAUCUUGAGCACAUUGUUGAGCAGGAUAGUGAUGCGGCUAACGAGGACCUCAAGACAGCAACUCUCAUUGAUGGAGAUGCUGGUGAAAACUGAAUUAUAGUUAGACUGGCUUCAAAAAGAAAGUAUAAGAUCUAGUUGUUAGAUUUAGUCGUGUGCUGCAUGUUUUGUAGUUAAGUUUUGUUAGCCUGACUGAUAAAAUUAUGGUAAGGUCAUUGCAUGGGCCAGGAGUUCUUACCUAUACCUGCAUGAAGAUUGACGGGUAGUAAUUUUGCUCUGUUUUUUAGGGUACUCUAUAAUUUUGGCGGAUUAUUCAUUAGCACAAUAAAAAGUAGAUAGAAAAGGACAAC